AUGGACGAGGAGUUGGUUGCUAAGACGGUCCGCGCAUGGAUACUGGGAUUCAUCUUCACUACACUUGGUGGCGGCUUGAACAUGUUCUUGAGCAUGAGAGUGUUCAACACUUUGCGCUUCGUUGAAUUUUUAACCCGGGACCUUUCACAAUUAAGGUGGACACAGUUGUUACUGUAUGAUAUUCCGCCCCACAAAUGUUCUUUAAGCAAAACGGGGAACUUUGUUAAUGAAACCUUUGUCAUAGCUUAUAACCAAGCCAUCUUCCAUGAUGUGGCCAACGGUUUCCUGGAAUCAUCUGAGAGGGUCUCGCAUUCAAGGAUCAAACCAAAUAAUGUUGUUGUCAAUCAGCAAUUUGGUGAAUUUACAGGGUUGUCAUUGAUCCCAUUGACCUUCGAUUGGACCUACAUAUCGAGUUACCUUCUCAGCCCUAUGCUAUCGCCAACUCAUUCGCAUGUGAACACUUUAAUAGACUUGGUAAUAGCUACAUAUAUCGGUAUCACCAUUUCAGGGGCGCUCACAUCCUCCACCUUUGACAAUACCCAAAAUUUCUACAAUGCCUCCCGUAUUGUCGGGCCAGAUUUUACAUUCGACGACGUAGCCAAGUACAAGGAGUAUUCGCCUCUGUUUCUGGUCCCCACAUAUGCCCUGAACUAUGGACUCUCCUUUGCCACCCUCACCGCUGUUGUUGUGCACAUUAUUCUUUUCCAUCGGAAGGAAAUCAUUUACAGACUGAAGGCUGCGAAAAAUCAGGAAUCUAAUAUACACAUGAAGUUGAUGCGGAACUACCCGGAAUGUCCUGAAUGGUGGUAUGGAGCUCUAUUCCAAGGUGGGCUUUCUUCGUUUCAGUCGUCUCGAAUUGGUAUUUGUUAUCCAAACUUGCAUGUUGAUGGCGAUAACAAACCGCUUAAUGUUAUGUCUCCUUUCAUAGGAGGCUACCUGAUCCCCGGAAAAGCUAUUGGAGUUAUGGUCUUCAAAGUAUUUGCCACAAACACUCUCAGUCAAGCGCAAACCUUUUCUAUGGAUCUAAAAGAAAAUCGAGUGCCACAUGAGACACUGAGCUGCCAAGCUCUCGCAUCAGCUCUGCUCUUCUCAUUCAGAUUCGCCGAUGCACAAGUGUGUUCACUUACUAUGGACGGAUUCGACGAAGAAACUUUUAAAAAGUUUUUCCCUAGUGGCUUCGGGAAGCAAGAUAAGUCAACUAAUGUAGAAGCGCAGAUUGAACGGACAAAACGAGGUGAAGCGAAAUCAAAAUCGCCAUCCAAAUUCGAGGAUAAACCUCGGGAAGCCGAUGAUGUUGAAGUCGAAGAAAAAGAACAGGGAACAACCCCUAUGAUUUCAAACGCUGAUUCAAUGUCAAAUGAAAAGUCAGAUUCAGAUUCAGACGACUCGGACGAUUCGGAUGAAGAUGAAUUUCCAACAUCCCACGAACUUACUUUCAAGACACAUGAGCGCGCGGUGACGACAGUAACCCUUGAUCCCUCCGGGUCGCGAAUGAUAACUGGCUCCACAGACUGCACGAUAAAACUACAUGAUUUUGCCUCGAUGACACCGACCACUCUCCGUGCAUUCAAAUCAGUCGAACCGUCAGCAAAAAAGCAGUCCGCAGCAUCGGAAAUCCACCCUGUCCACGCCGUACGAUUCAACCCUUUGUACCCAAGCCAGGUUCUAGUCAUAUCCGCAACGCCUCAAGCGAAAAUAUUCGACCGCGAUGGCGACAUGAUUACGGAGUUUGUUAAGGGGGAUAUGUACCUUCGGGAUAUGCGCAAUACUAAAGGCCACAUCUCUGAGAUCACAAGCGGCACAUGGAGCCCUACGGACUAUAAUUUAUGUGUUACGGCGGGAACUGAUAGCACAUUAAGGAUAUGGGACGUGAAUGUGGGGAGGUCACAAAAAGACGUUAUUGUUCACCAGUCAAGGGCGGCUGGGUGUGCGGGCAGGACACGGAUGACUGCGGUGGCUUGGGGUACUCCCGCCCAAGGAGGCAAAAAUAUUCUCGUUGCGAGUGCUCUCGAUGGGAGCCUGGUGAUGUGGGGAGGCGACGGUCCAUUUCUGAGACCAAGCGCUCAAAUUCAAGGAGCACAUACUAAAGAUACUUGGACAAGCGGUCUUGAUAUUAGCCCCGAUGGCAGACUAGUUGUCACCCGGGGAGGGGAUGAUACUAUCAAGCUAUGGGAUACGAGAAAAUUCAAAACCCCCAUCACAACCGUACCCCAUACUUCUGGGUCCAAGUAUUCUCAGAACGCAAAUAUCAUGUUUUCUCCCAGCGGAGCGAAUGUCAUCACCGGCAGCGAAACUGGAGACCUCCAUAUCCUGAAUCCUGCGACCUUAAAGCCCGAGCUUUCCACGUCAGUCACGCCAGGGUCUCCCAUUAUUGCUGUGCUUUGGCACGAGAAACUGAACCAGAUAAUUGCGGGCUCUGCAAACGGGGAAACGCAUGUGCUAUAUAACCCAUCAAUGUCUCGGAACGGUGCCGUCCUUGUCAUGUCCAAAGCGCCGAAACGGAGGCACGUCGACGACGAUCCAAACUUUACUACAGAUUUAUCCCUUGGUCUAUCCGCAGAUAGCACUACGGGCCAAAUCGUUUCAGGUGCUUCUUUCUCCAGCCGACAUCCAACAAUCGGACUCACUGCCUCGGGCCGACCGCGAGACCCACGUAGACCUCACCUACCCAACAAAACUCCCUUUGCGCAGAGCCAGCCGGACGAGAAGCAUAUCAAGGAAAACAUCCCGCUUAGCUCUAUGAGAGAUGAGGACCCACGGGCGGCACUACUUAAAUAUGCAGAACAGGCGGAGAAAGAGCCUGUAUUUACAAAAGUAUGGAAGCAAACCCAACCCAACCCUAUCUUUGCAGAGUUGAGUGAAGAGGAAGCCGAAGGGGAGAAGCCGGAGCGGAAACGGGUGAAGCGGGAUUAGAAUUUGACAACUUUGGCUCUAUUUCUUUAUAUACGGUAUCCUUUUUUACUUCUUUCGUUUUAGAGCAUACGGAUAUUGAUGGCGACAGGCGUUUGAUGCAAAUUGUUUAAUGAUAAUAAACGUAUGUACAAGUUUGGUGUGUCGGAUUCGACCUGUCAGUAGACGGUUUCCGUCUGUACAUGUACAUCAUUUUAUGGAUUAAUUUGGAAUCAAGAGAUAUCCGCAUCAAUGAAAAAUAUAAAAAAAAA